ACGUAGUAGGAAACGGUAAAUUAAAUGUAUUAUAGCGCUAUAAAGCUGUUAUGGACUUCUGGUUCAAGUACAUUUUCUAAACAUGCAGACUAGAAAGAAUAGAAUGUUAGCAGUAGUUACAUUUGGAAUUUUGUUGAAUUUUGUGGCAUUUUCUGAAAGUUUAACAUUGGGUAACCUUAUCAGUGGCAUGCUACAAGUUGUUCCAGACUCCACUACUAAUAGUAACACUUCCACCUCCAACAGUUUGGCUCCUUUUUUCACUAAGUUGAAAGACGUUACUGAGCUUACCACUGAUAUUACGCAAGGGGAUUAUGUGAGUGCUCUGAUAGAUGGUAUCGACUUUUUAGAGACAUUCAGCGCGCUGCCUGAGCCAGUAAAAUUGAUACUGAAAAUAUACGAAAUGUUCUUGAAGAUUCUACGCUCAUCUUAUCGGACAUUGUUCAAACGCAAGGUGCAUUAGCGCUCGUCUAUGCGUAUGAACAGUGGAAGUUCCAAUGCAUGUCACAAUAAAACUGAAAAUAAUUAAUAUACUUUAGAAAACAAUGUUCAAA